AUGGGGCCGAAAAAACUUUCUGCAAGUGAUUCGAGUGAAAAGAAGAAGCGUAAAGGCCUCUCGAUGGAAACAAAGAGAGAAAUUAUUGAUAAAUAUGAACGAGGUGUGAAACUUAGUGAUAUUGCACGCGAGUAUGGCCGAAAUCCUUCGACCAUAGGAACAAUUCUAAAACAAAAAGAAGUCAUCAGAGCAGCUAAACCUUCAAUGGGCACCACUGUCAUGUCCAAAAGGAGGACCCCCAUACACGACGAGAUGGAAAGGCUUCUCCUUGUUUGGAUUAAAGACAAGGGAAGGACUGGCGAUACCCUCACAGAGAUGAUCAUUUGCGAGAAGGCGUCCUCAAUUUAUAAUGAUUUAGUAAGUAAGGCAGCUUCUGAUGAGCAGCCAACGGCAUCGACGUCUUCGCAGGAGGCACCCCCAACCCCCCCAGAGUUCAGGGCAUCGCAUGGGUGGUUUGAUCGGUUCAAGAAGAGGACUGGCAUCCACUCCGUUGUGCGUCACGGUGAGGCAGCGAGUUCCGAUCAAGAGGUGGCUGAAGAAUUUUUAAAAAAAUUUGAGGAACUCAUAAAUCAAGAAGGCUACAUCCCCCAGCAGGUAUUCAACUGUGAUGAGACCGGCCUCUUCUGGAAAAAAAUGCCGCGGCGUACGUACAUCACCGUGGAGGAAAAAAAGAUGCCAGGCCACAAGCCCAUGAAGGACCGUCUUACCCAGGGUGGGGACUCUAAGGUCAAGCCACUCCUAGUCUGCCACUCAGAAAAUCCGCGUGCCUUCAAGCAACACAAAAUUUUAAAGGAGAGGCUCGAGGUUAUGUGGAGGUCCAACCCCACGGCCUGGGUGACCCGACAGUUCUUUGUCGAAUGGGUCAACUUGGUCUUUGCCCCUGCUGUCAAGAAGUUCCUCGAGGAGAACGAUCUCCCCAUGAACUGCCUGCUGAUCAUCGAUAACGCUCCCGCCCACCCCUCUGGCCUCGAGGACGACAUCCUGGAGGAGUUCUCGUUCAUCAAGGUUCUCUUCCUCCCUCCCAACACGACCCCUCUCCUCCAGCCCAUGGACCAGCAAGUGAUCUCUAAUUUUAAGAAACUGUACACGAAACACAUGUUCAAACGGUGUUCCAACAUAACAGAGAGUACGCAGCUCACCCUCAGGGAAUUUUGGAAAAAUCAUUUCGACAUCGUUGCAUACCUCAAGUUGAUUUCUUUGGCAUGGCGGGAGGUGAGUCGUCGAACGCUAAAUUCUGCUUGGAGGAAGCUGUGGCCUGAUGCUGUUGCCCCUCGAGAUUUUGAAGACUUUGAGGAAGGGGAGGAGGAAGAGGAGGAGGGGGAACCUCAACCAGAAGUCGAGGUUGAGGAGAUCGUAAAUCUUGGCACCGCCCUGGGACUGGAGGUCGACGAGGAGGAUAUAAACGACCUUGUGCAUGAACAUCAAGAGGAGCUGUCAAUGGCAGAGCUGCAAGAGUUGGAGGCGAUGCAGCACUCAUCAGUACAGCAACAAUUCAGCGAGGAGGAGGAGGAGGAGGCCAUCAUACCAUCAAGGACAUUCUCCGCGAUUUUCAGGGGGUGGCCGAUUUUGUUGAUAAAAAUCACCCUGAAAAGAACUUUACCAUUUGUGCUAUAG